AUGGGACAGAAUAUGGGAAAGGUCAGAAAUGCUAUGCAUUGUGGAUACGAGGGGCAUAUAAAGACAGAUCCUAAGUGUCCAGCUAAAGGAAAGAAGUGCAGAAAAUGUAAAAAAGAAAAUCAUUUUGAGAAAUGUUGCAAAUCUAAGCCUUUUGGUAAACCAAAUCAGAGCCGUAGAGAAAAGAUCAGAGCAGUUGAUAUUGAUGAAAAUGAUUCAUCUGAUGACUACGUAUUCAAUGUAUCAAGCCAGUACAUGAAAGGAGACAUACAUGUUGACAUAGGGGGAAUAACCAUUCCCGUGAUUAUAGAUUCGGGUGCAACCGUGAAUAUCAUUGACAGAAAAAUGUGGGAAUACAUGAAAGAAAGAAAAGUGAAAUGUAACAGUAAACUGACAAAUAAAAAAGUGUAUGCAUAUGGUAAUGAUAAACCUUUAACUGUAGCUGGAAGUUUCACUGCUGAUGUAACAGUGUCAAAUAAAACUGUAAAUGCUGAAUUCAUUGUGGUAGAAGAAAAUGGACAGGCAUUGUUAGGUAAAACGACUGCUGUAGAGCUAGACAUUUUACACAUUGAGAUGCCGAGUAUGGUGAACAACGUUAUGACUGAUGUUGAAAGGAAACAAGACCUGUCCAAGAAAUUUCCAAAGUGUUUUCAUGGUAUCGGCAAGUUAAAAGAUUAUCAGCUUCACAUUCCAUUGAUAAUGACAUUAAACCAGUUGUACAGCCAUUGA